CUGUUGGUUAGCCUAUCUAAGAUGAAGGCUGUUACUCCAGUCCGCCCCCAGGACUCCUCCUCCAACAGCAGCCAGCUAUCACUGCACUAUCUGUCGAAACAGAGCUUCAACAUCGCCCGGCACAGGAUGGAAGAAGAGGACCUGUUCUGCUUGCAGUACGACAUGAACGACUGCUACAGCCGGUUGAAACGCCUGGUUCCCACUAUUCCGCAGGAUAAGAAAGUCAGUAAAGUGGAGAUCCUUCAGCAUGUCAUAGACUACAUCCUGGACUUGCAGCUGGCUCUGGAGACGCACCCUUCUCUUAAUAAACAACAGUCACAACGGACCGGGACCUGCCCUUCCCCCGUUUCCAAUCCCAGUAGGACGCCACUGACGGUGCUCAACACCGACCACCAGAAGACAUCAAUAGUCAAAAAACCAGAGGACUCAAUUUUAUGCCGUUGA